AUGGCGGCAUUAAGGUGGGCAACCAUGAGGUGGACGGCCAUGAGGUGGGUGGCCAUGAGGCCGGCAACCAUGAGGUGGACAAUCAUGAGGUGGACAACUAUGAAGUGGGUGGCCAUCGGGCAGGCGACCAUGAUGCAGGCAACCAUGAGGCGGGUGACCAUUAAGGUGGGCAACCAUGAGGUGGGCGGCCAUGAGGAGGGCAACCAUGAGGCAGGCAACCUUGAGGCAGGUGGCCAUGAGGUCCUGGAGAAAUAUCCUAAUACACCUAUGAGCCAUAAAGAGAUCCUUCAAGUUAUCCAGAAAGAAGGACUUAAGGAAAUCAGGAGCGGGACUUCUCCCCUGGCAUGCCUGAAUGCGAUGCUACACACCAACUCCCGAGGGGAAGAGGGCAUUUUCUAUAAGGUCCCGGGGCGCAUGGGCGUCUACACGCUGAAGAAAGAUGUUCCAGACGGGUUGAAGGAGCUCUCGGAUGGCUCAGAGGAGAGCAGCGAUGCCCAGUCCGACUCUCAGAGCUCCGAGAACAGCAGCAGCAGCAGCAGCAGCGACGGGUGCAGUAACAAAGACGGGAAGAAAAGCCGAUGGAAAAGGAAAGUGUCAUCUAGACUGUCUCAGACGUCCUCUCCUCAGUCAGGCUGCCCGUCCCCGUCCAUCCAGACAGGCAAAGUCAUCUCCUCGUCCCAGAAGCACAGCAAGAAGGCACUCAAGCAGGCCUUGAAACAGCAGCAGCAAAAGCAGCAGCAGCAGCAAUGCAGAGCAGGCAUGCCCGUCUCGUCCAGCCAGCACGCUGCUGUCAAGGCAGCCGCUGCCUCCACCCCGGCGAAACCCGCUUGGGAAGGAAAGCAGUCGGAUGGACAGUCCAGCAGCCCUCAGAACUCCACCUCCAGCUCCUCUCCCUCUGUUAAGCUUGAUAACUCCUUGCCAGGGCUGGGGAAGAAACCGUUCCAGAGAUCUGACAGACUCCAUGCAAGGCAGCUGAAGAGAGCGAAGUGCGCGGAAAUCGAUGUGGAGACUCCCGACUCCAUCCUGGUGAACACCAACCUGCGGGCCCUGAUCAACAAGCACACGUUCUCUGUGCUGCCCGCGGAAUGCCAGCAGCGCCUGCUGCUGCUGCUGCCGGAGGUGGACAGGCAGGUUGGGGCGGAUGGUUUGCUGAAGCUGAGUGGCUCUGCGCUCAACAACGAGUUCUUCACUUCAGCUGCCCAAGGCUGGAAGGAGAGGCUGUCAGAAGGUGAGUUCACACCAGAAAUGCAGCUGAGAAUACGGCAAGAAAUAGAAAAGGAAAAGAAGGUUGAGCUGUGGAAGGAACAUUUUUUUGAGAGCUACUACGGUCAGAGUUCUGGACUAAGUCCUGAAGAGUCCAAGAGGCUGACAGCAAACACCAGCCCUGCCGAGACAGAGACCGAAACCCCAGCAGCUGAACAGCCAAAAUGCCCACCGGCCUCUCUGGCACCACUCAAAGAGGAGAUGCCCUCUCCGUUGGAGUCCAAAGCACAAGCAGCCCAGGAAGCACCAGCGAUGACAAAAGGAGGAGAGGAGAGAAGAGAGGACACGCAGCCCAAGCCAGCCAAACCUGCGGAGGCCUCGGUUUCCCCGGAUGGGUGCGCAGUGAAACCUGGCGACCACUCUCUCCCCAAAAAAGAGGGAGUCCAAGGAGAAUCCGUUCAAGAGAAACCCCCAACUGCCGCUAGUCAAAAGCCCGAAGAGAGAAAGCACGCCGCAUCGAAGGGCGUGCUCACGAAAGAGCCUGUCAGUACCUCAGUUUUGGCCCCGAGUAAACCAAAGAGCCCCGAAGCAGGCGCAGUAGCAGCAGACGUGAAAAGUCCAGCGAUUACUCCAGAAACGCCAGGAAAGAAGUCCCCUGUAAAUGAAGAAAUGGAAGUCAGUGUUGAAGCCCCUAAGAGGAAGUCAGAGAGUCACGAAGAAGCUCUUACCAGCCCGGAAAAAAAGCCACGCAUCAUGGAGAACUGUCAGCACCCGCAGGCGUUUCGACAGCCCUUUCCUGCGGCGGGGACCCCGGUGCCGCGGGUACCCCCGCUCAAGAUUCCCGUUUCCAGAAUAUCCCCGAUGCCAUUUCCUGCGGGCCAGGUCUCUCCCAGGGCACGUUUCCCAGUCUCACUUACCAGUCCGGGAAGAACCGGGGCCAGAACUUUGGCCGACAUCAAGGCGAAAGCCCAGGCAGCAACGAGCGGAACCAGCGAAACUGGAAUUCGAGGAAAUGCACUGGAACUGGCAGGAACUGGAAGCGGGGGAAGUUCGAGAAGGUUUCUUCCCCAUUGCCCAGGGAGCCAUACCCAAAUGGAGACCCAGGCCGCGGAGCAGGCACCACCUCACAACCCUUCUAGAGCACAACUACAGCAAGCUUCCACGCUGCAACCCAGAACUGCAGCCAGCAGUACAGGCAGCAGCUCCUCCUCGUCAGCGGUGUCGGCAUUAGAGAGAACCAGCGGAAUCAGGCAGAGCCCCCCCGGUGUGCCGGUAAAUCAGGCUUCGGGCUCGCCGUGUGCUGGCAGCAGCGACAGACAGGAGAAGGCACCUUCUGCUCCGGCAGGUCCGAGCGGGGCCUGUGGGGCACCGGCUGUCAGGGACGGAACAGGCUGCGUCACGGCGUCCACAGCAGGUCCCAACACAAAGGUAGCUAAGGUAGCACCUACGGCCUUAGGAGGGACCAGCUCAGAUGUUCCUAAAGGUAAACCUCCUUCCCCUCCGAUGUCGUCACCAACACCCACGAGCUCCGAAGCCCAGGCUGGAGGUGUGGUCGCGUCUGGUACAUCUGUCCCACCCUCUAACACUUCGUCGGUAGCACCGAGCCUUAAAACACACGCAAGCUCAAGUGGGGCCCUCCCGAAACCAAGCUCCAGUAUUCCUGCUAACAACCCUUUGGUCACCCAGCUUCUUCAAGGCAAGAACGUCCCUCUGGAGCAAAUCCUGCCGAAGCCUCUCACCAAAGCAGAGAUGAAAACUGUCCCUUUAGAAUCUCGUGAAGAAAAAGGGGUGGCAGCAGCAUCCAGUGCUACCAGCGUAGCAGGGAACGGCACUGGAGCCGAGGGCGGUGAAAGACAAUCGAGUUUGCCCACACAACAGCUUGGGAAGAUCUUUUGCCAGAACAGGCCUCUGCCUCACAUUCCAAGGACCUUUCCGCUCCCCUCGGGAAAGGACCCUGGUCUUGACCAGCACCAGUGCCACGAGGCGCUCAGCAAAACGACCCAAGAGCAGAUCCUUCAGACGCUUAUCAAGAGGGUCCAGAGGCAGAAUGUGUUGCCAGUCCUUCAGCCUUCACAACUGAACCUCACUCACUCAGGUUUCCAGUUAGAAAACAGCUCCACCAGCCAGAGGUUUAUGCUCGGUUUCAUGGGCAGAAGGACAUCCAAGCCUGCGAUGUCUGGUCAUUAUCUGCUCAACAUUUCCACCUAUGGUCGUGGUUCAGAGAGUUUGAGGAGAGGCUUCUCCUUGAACCCGGAAAACCGCUUGUGUCUGAACAGUCCUGCUGAUGCUCCAAAACCAGAAUUCGGAGAAUGUGAGGAGACAGCUGGCCACGGCAGCAGCAGCGAGGAAGGAGAUGCAGAUGAUGAGAGUACUGGUGAUGAACGUGAACAUAUCAGCGUGAAAGAGGAGCCCCAGGCUUCUGGUCAGUGUGAAAAAGAGCAGGUAUCACAAGGCAUAAAUUCUUCGGAUUACAGCACCUUUGCUAAGAAGGGGGUAAAGACAGAAGCAGCCACGUCUCAGCAAGCAGCAGUCAACAAGGAGAGCGUUCAGGCGUUUGAUGGAACUACGUUAGCACGAGAUUUUAUUCAAGCCGCUCAAGAGCAAAUGGCACAUGCAAUGAGGGGGAAAACGCACAGCAGUCCGGAGCUUCUCAGCACUCCUGUACCGUCCUCGGACUCUGCGCAGCAGCAGCCCCCGCGGCUUUCUCCUUCACACCCUCCAAAGCUGUCUGGAAAUGCUGCAGCACAGCUCAUUGGGCCCAGCUACAGUGGCACAAUAAACGUCUCCACCUCCCCAGACGUGAACCAAGGGUCUCUUAUGACUGGGCUGUCUGAAUGCAACCAGUUGUCCAGCAGCAUGGGGAAUGUCAUGUCCUUUUCCGUGACGGUAACCACCAUUCCCACCAGCCAAGCUAUGAACUCUGGCAGCCACCCUCAGACCAUCCCCGUGCAAGCCUUCGCUGAAGACAGCAGCAUGGAGGAUUCCCCUUCCAAAUGUUACUGCAGGUUGAAAGCCAUGAUCAUGUGCAAGGGCUGCGGUGCCUUCUGCCAUGACGAUUGCAUUGGCCCCUCUAAGCUCUGUGUCUCCUGCCUCGUCGUGCGGUAACCGGGGCGGGAAGCGAGGAAGAGGAUGGCUUGAUUUUUGGUUUUGUGUUCAGAAGUACAUUGGGAAGAAAACAGGAAAUUUACUGCCUUGCACAAGAGACACGUUACUGAAUCAGGAAUACAGAGUAGAGUUCUUCUUU